AACAGUCGGGCUUUUGUCCACCGAGACAACACACUGUGACCCGGGUCCACACUUUCUGGAAAUGUCCGGGAUGGAAAGGAGGACAGUUCUGGAGAAGAAUGUGUAUGAUUCAUAUGACGGGGGUGGAGGAAAGGUUGAUACUGAAAAUGUGGGACACAGGUGAUAGAAAGACAGAAAAAAGUAAGGCAGAGGAGGGGAACUGCAGCAGGAUGUCGAACAGCAGCGAUGACGCCACCCUUAGACUCUUCCAGACGGUGGCCUACACGCCUGUGUUUGUGGCAGGUCUGUUACUCAACACCUCGGCGCUCUGGCUCUUCUUUCGUCUGCGCACCUGGACGGACACCCACAUCUACAUGUUCAACCUGAUCCUCGCCGAUCUCCUGGUCAUCCUUUUCCUGCCCUUCCGGAUAUACGACACCGUCUACUCAAUGCAGUCCGGGGGCUUCUGCGCGUUUUUGGUCAUGGUGCAUCAAACCAACAUGUAUGUCAGCAUGUUGACCGUUGCGGCGAUCAGCGCCCACCGCUUUGUAGCGGUCAGCUUCCCCCUGCUAACCAAAACCUUGGAAACCAGGAGGAAGAUGAUCGCACACGUGGUGUGCGCGCUCGUCUGGAUAACGGUUAUGGCGAUUUACGUGGGCCUGUUGGGGCCAAGACCGGAGAAACUGCGCACGUGCUACGAUGUCAAGCUGCAGAAGCCGAGGCUGUCGCGCUUAUUGGUCGUACAGAUUGUCGGGUAUCUCCUGCCGAUGGCCACUGUUGUGACUUGCUCGACAGGCGCAAUGUGUACGGUGGCGAAGUCAGCGGAAGACUGUCACGAGCGUGCCGAGGAGAAGAACGCAGCUGGACGCAAGAAGGCAGUGGCCAUAAUCAAAGCCAACAUGAUCGUUUUCAUUGUUUGCUUUACUCCGCUCCAUGUUGCUUAUUGGCUGAGAUUUUAUUGUUGGAACACCGAUCACUUUAGUUAUGUCUUUUACAAAGUCGCUCAGUGGAUAGCAACAACCAACUGCUGUCUGGAUUCGGUGGGAUAUUACUUCUUGUUUAAAAAAGGUUUUCAGAGGCAAGAAUUUGCAUAAGAAUGAUCUGAGAUUAAUGGUGUCCAAUCCUUACAAUUUGACCGCAGAGAGCUUGCAGGUCCUACCGUGUAGAAGGAAGCGCUCCUGCUUAAAGGAGCAAUCAGUCAUUUUUAACCCUAUAAAGUAACAAACAAUAUUUAUGAGUAUAGAAAAAAGUGCAUUUUGUUCUAUAAACUGAAGAGAGAUCUUUGUACAUCUCAAAUGAACCAGUGUUUGAUAUAUAGAGCUCCAUAAGCUCCAUGAUUUAAUUCGAUUUAGUACAGACAUUCUGAUACACCCAAACCACUAGUAGUCAGUAUAAUGGCUUUUUCAUAAUGUAAAAAAGAAUCACUGGAAGAAUGACUUAUUGCUCCUUUAAUAUGUAGUGAUUCUCUGAGAUGUGUUUAUUAAGGUUUUUUGCAUACAGCUGGAGAGUAUAGAAUAAUAUUCAGGUAAUUAAGUAUAGAAUACUUUUUUUUUUUUUUUUUUUUUUUUUUACUGUAUGCUGCAUAACAGCCCUAUACACUUAGAAUCAGUGGCAAACAUUCAGAUGUGUUUAGCUAGACAUGACCACACUGUUCAUUUGGUUACAAAACAAAAGAACAAACCUUCCCCAUACCUGAGACUUAAGUAUUAAAAAAACAUUUUCGCACCUUUGCUUCAAAGCACUUGUGAUGUGCAUAUGUAGCACCAGCAGCUGGUGGUUUCCACUGUAGGUCUUAUACAUUUCAGUGUGUUCUCUGAUCUUUGGCAGCUUUGGGCUUAUUUGUAGACUUUUCAGUGCACCAACAGCAGGCUGUGGGUCUGCAUACGGAACAAGGCCACGAAGCUCACGAUGUCCUAGAACCUCGGAUGGAGACAGGCUGUUCGGAUACAGUCUGCUCCCUUUACUUGUGAAGUGGCACUGUUGCACUGGACCUUUUCAUAUAAAUUUCCUUUAGUUUGACAAAAUAAAGUUAGUUUUUUUUUUU